AUGGCGACCACCGGCGACGGCAGCAGCAGCAUCCAACGGCUCCCGGACGAUCUCCUGUCCCAGAUCUACGGCGCGAUCACCUCCCCGCUGUGCCGCGUGCGCUUCGCGGCCGUCUGCAGGCCGUGGCGCGCCGUCGCGUCCUGGACCCCGCCGCCGCCGCCUCUCCCGCUGCUCCUCCUCUCGACCUGCGACCGCGCCACGACCAAGGAUCUCUACGCCCCGGAGGACGGAUCCGGCCUUCGUCUCCGGCUCCGGCUCCAACCCACCACCACGGCUCGGCACCCCGUGCAGCCGCGGGCCCGCCGCAGGUGGAUCGUCGGAUCUCACGACGGCGGAUGGGUGGCCGCCGCCUCCGCCGGCCCCGUCCUGCAGAUCCUGAACCUCUUCUCCGGCGGCGAGGUCGUGCUCCCCGCAGAGCAGAGGAGGAUCGACACUAGGGAUUACUCCACCGACCCGUCCAGGAUCUCCAAAAUCAUCUUCUCCGAGGAACCAACCUCCCCCGGCUGCAUCCUCGCAGCCAUCACCCACGGCUGUACAGUCGCUCUCUGCAGAAUUUCCAAUGGUUGUGCCCAUGGUGACGACAAAGUAGUAGGAGCCGGUUGGACCAUGGAAGGGCGUGGCUUGCCGGAGCUCGACGACAUAGCCUUCUGCAACGGGGAGCUCUACGGACUCGACCUAGAUCGCUUUGAUGGGGUCGUGAGACUGCUCAAGUUUGGCAUCGCCGGUGUAGAAGACGGCGGCGUAAUCAUCACAAGCAUCGACGCCGUGGCCAUCCAAAGCCUGCACCUCUUGUUGGAGGAGCACGAAGACAACGUGUUCGUGGAAGCCGCCUACAUCUUCCCGAUGCGCGGCGAGAAGCCGGCGAUGGCGGUGGACACGGGGGGAUUUGUCUUCAGGGUAUUCGAGCUCGUCAGAAACGAGUCCCCGGCGACAAUGCCAGCGGCUGCUGCUUACGAUUACGGUUAUAGGUGGGCCGAGAUGACGAGCUUGGGUGACUACGCGCUGUUCUUGAGCCCAAGGUGCUCCAGGGCGGUGGAGGUGUCGCCGGCCGGUGGUAGUGGCCGUGGCGGCGUGCGGAGGAACCGCAUCUAUUACGCCAACCAUAAGUUCGGCCAUCUUCCUUUCCAUAGUCGUCACCUGACCAAGAUGGCCGAUGGGCGAGAUGUGUAUUACGACGAAGACGAAAUUGUCUGUCGUGGCGGGAAGGUGAUCAUCUCCCGAGGGUUCUUUGGGCAGCGUCGCGUUCGGCCAGCCAUGUGGCUCGUCCCUCCAAGAGUUUAA